CGCCCGUCCCGUAGGCACCUGUGGCCGCCCUGCGCUCCGAGCUCUGUGCUGCUGCUGCCCAGCUGGUACUUGAGCGUCCAGAGGGCCCAGGCCCAGCAGGCCCGGCCGUUUUUCCUUCUGGCUUCUGGAAGGCCAGAAGAUAAGGUCAGCAGAGCCAUCCACCAUCCGCUUCUCCCCAACUGGUGGCAGAAGGAUUCUCACCCCCAUUUACAGGCCAAGUUCUCUCCACCAAGCCCGGGACAAUGGGGAGGAAAAAAAUCCAGAUCUCACGCAUUCUGGACCAAAGGAAUCGGCAGGUGACAUUUACCAAGCGGAAGUUUGGGCUGAUGAAGAAGGCCUAUGAGCUGAGCGUGCUCUGCGACUGUGAAAUCGCCCUCAUCAUCUUCAACAGCGCCAAUCGCCUCUUCCAGUAUGCCAGCACAGACAUGGACCGCGUGCUCCUGAAGUACACGGAGUACAGUGAGCCCCACGAGAGCCGCACCAACACCGAUAUCCUCGAGACACUGAAGCGGAGAGGUGUGGGCCUCGAUGGACCAGAGCUGGAGCCAGAUGAGGGGCCUGAGGGGCCAGGAGAGAAGGUGCGGAGGUUGGCAGGUGAUGGGGGUGACCCAGCCUUGCCCCGGCCCCGGCUCUAUCCAGCAGCCCCUACUAUGCCCAGCCCGGACAUGGUAUAUGGGGCCCUGCCCCCACCAGGCUGUGACCCCAGUGGGCUUGGGGAGGCCCUGCCGGCCCAGAGCCGCCCAUCCCCUUUCCGGCCAGCAGCCCCCAAAGCUGGGCCCCCAGGCCUGGCACACCCUCUCUUCUCACCAAGCCACCUUGCCAACAAGACGCCACCACCCCUGUACCUGGCAGCAGAUGGGCGGAGGCCGGACCUGCCUGGUGGCCUGGCGGGGGCCCGAGGGGGACUGAGCACCUCAAGAGGCCUCUAUGGUAGCCUACAGAGUCCAUGCUCUGCCACAGCUCCGGGACCCCCACUGGGGAGUUUCCCCUUUCUCCCCGCAGGCCCCCCAGAAUAUAGCCUGGGAGACCCCCCGCCGCCCCCUGGCCUGCUGCAGCCCCCCACCCUGGCUCCCUGGCAGCACUCGAGGGGUGAUGGGCCCCCAGCCGCUCCUCCCCAGCCCAGUGGGGGUCGAAGCCUGGGUGAAGAGGGUCCCCCCACCCGCGGCGCCUCCCCGCCGACCCCCCCAGUCAGCAUCAAGUCCGAGCGCCUCUCGCCAGCCCCCGGGGGCCCCGGCGACUUUCCCAAGACUUUCCCCUACCCCUUGCUCCUGUCCCGGCCCCUGGCAGAGCCCCUACGGCCAGGCCCCCCCCUGCGCCGGCUGCCCACUGCGGACGGCUGGGCCCGGUAGUGGACCCAGGGGUGGCACCGGUCCUUCUUCCCACGCGGGGCUGGGCUAGGGCACGUGGGGUCCCUUCCCCGCAUUCCCCGCGUCCUUAGAGAAGACCCAGCAGUUACGACCCUCCGAAGUGAGGGCCUGGCGUUCGGAUCCACGGUCGGGGGGGGGGGGGGGCUCCUUUCUCCCUUUCCUGUGUGUGUAUCCACCAAUAAAACACUUCUGGUGUCCGUGGACGAAACUAUCUGUCUGUCGCUGCUCAGAGCCACCACCACUCCCGGGUCCUCCCAUCUUUUCCCAAGAGACUUCAGCCUUGCCUUGUCUCGGUUUGGGAGAUGAGAAUCCUACCCUGAGACAAGGUUUCGA